AUGAAGAUUAAUGUAAGAUUAAUAUAGUGAGUGAUUACUAAUCAAUGACUAAAUAGAUGAAACAUUGUUGACAGACAUGCUUUACUCUCACACUGCCACACGUAUUAUAAUUCACCCAACCAAGGUUAUCAAAUAUUGCCAUUUAAUUUGGGCUUUUAGAUGUGUAGUAGAAGUCCACAUUGUUAGAAAGGUGAAACCAUAUGGGAGCAAUACAGAGCUCCGAGGUUAAGGUGCCAUUGUCAGAGCAGGCACAGUCAAAGCAUUUUUUAACUGGGAAACACAUACAGUGGGGAAAAAAAGUAUUUAGUCAGCCACCAAUUGUGCAAUUUCUCCCACUUAAAAAGAUGAGAGAGGCCUGUCAUUUUCAUCAUAGGUACACGUCAACUAUGACAGACAAAUUGAGAAAAAAAAUCCAGAAAAUCACAUUGUAGGAUUUUUAAUGAAUUUAUUUGCAAAUUAUGGUGGAAAAUAAGUAUUUGGUCACCUACAAACAAGCAAGAUUUCUGGCUCUCACAGACCUGUAACUUCUUCUUUAAGAGGCUCCUCUGUCCUCCACUUGUUACCUGUAUUAAUGGCACCUGUUUGAACUUGUUAUCAGUAUAAAAGACACCUGUUCACAACCUCAAACAGUCACACUCCAAACUCCACUAUGGCGAAGACCAAAGAGCUGUCAAAGGACACCAGAAACAAAAUUGUAGACCUGCACCAGGCUGGGAAGACUGAAUCUGCAAUAGGUAAGCAGCUUGGUUUGAAGAAAUCAACUGUGGGAGCAAUUAUUAGGAAAUGGAAGACAUACAAGACCACUGAUAAUCUCCCUCGAUCUGGGGCUCCACGCAAGAUCUCACCCCGUGGGGUCAAAAUGAUCACAAGAACGGUGAGCAAAAAUCCCAGAACCACACGGGGGGACCUAGUGAAUGACCUGCAGAGAGCUGGGACCAAAGUAACAAAGCCUACCAUCAGCAACACACUACGCCGCCAGGGCCUCAAAUCCUGCAGUGCAAGACGUGUCCCCCUGCUUAAGCCAGUACAUGUCCAGGCCCGUCUGAAGUUUGCUAGAGUGCAUUUGGAUGAUCCAGAAGAGGAUUGGGAGAAUGUCAUAUGAAACCAAAAUAGAACUUUUUGGUAAAAACUCAACUCGUCGUGUUUGGAGGACAAAGAAUGCUGAGUUGCAUCCAAAGAACACCAUACCUACUGUGAAGCAUGGGGGUGGAAACAUCAUGCUUUGGGGCUGUUUUUCUGCAAAGGGACCAGGACGACUGAUCCGUGUAAAGGAAAGAAUGAAUGGGGCCAUGUAUCGUGAGAUUUUGAGUGAAAACCUCCUUCCGUCAGCAAGGGCAUUGAAGAUGAAACGUGGCUGGUUCUUUCAGCAUGACAAUGAUCCCAAACACACCGCCCGGGCAACGAAGGAGUGGCUUCGUACGAAGCAUUUCAAGGUCCUGGAGUGGCCUAGCCAGUCUCCAGAUCUCAACCCCAUAGAAAAUCUUUGGAGGGAGUUGAAAGUCUGUGUUGCCCAGCGACAGCCCCAAAACAUCACUGCUCUAGAGGAGAUCUGCAUGGAGGAAUGGGCCAAAAUACCAGCAACAGUGUGUGACAACCUUGUGAAGACUUACAGAAAACGUUUGACCUGUGUCAUUGCCAACAAAGGGUAUAUAACAAACUAUUGAGAAACUUUUGUUAUUGACCAAAUACUUAUUUUUCACCAUAAUUUGCAAAUAAAUUCAUAAAAAAUCCUACAAUGUGAUUUUCUGGAUUUUUUUUCCUCAUUUUGUCUGUCCUAGUUGACUUGUACCUAUGAAGAAAAUUACAGGCCUCUCUCAUCUUUUUAAGUGGGAGAACAUGCACAAUUGGUGGCUGACUAAAUACUUUUUUUCCCCACUGUAUAUCUAAGAUCUCUCAUAUCUCCUUGGAGUUGUGUUGGCUAUUGCACUCUCCUGUUACAUCAUGUCAACUCAGGAAAUUACCGCUGUUCCACACGUUUAAAACACAUUUAGCUCCAAGCGCCUAUCAAGGUCCAAAUCUAAGCGAGAUUGUUAUUAAUGGCACCAAACCAAAUGGUGCAGCAUUUGUGGAAUCCGCUCUGUUGUGAGGGUCAUAGUCUGUUUAUCAUUUGUGUGCGCGUACAUGUUGAGGCAGAGAGGGUCCCUAGCCAAACAGUUAGUGAACAGCCAUCUGUUUUACCCUCAGAAAGCUUACACACUCACACAGAGAGUCCAAUGAAAGAGAGGGAUGAGAGACAAAAGAGAGAGAGAUUCACACUGACUGUUUCACACCCAUCUACCCCCCCCCCCCCAAGGGGAACAGCUAAUGUGCAGCCAGCCUCAGUAUGUCAGCCUACCAGCAUUAUCCAUCUCUAAGCAUUCAAUGUGAUAGGGAGGGAGCGGGCUGACAGCUGUGAGACAAUUUACUGUGUGUGUCUGUCUGUCUUGGUGUGUGUGUGUUUUAAUUGGAUUGCAGUCUUGGUGAGUAUUUGGAGUGUGUUUGAUAUGUGUGCUUGUUGUGUAUUUGUGUGUUUGCUUAAAUCAUGGGUUCAUUGGGUUGCGGUCUUGUGAGUGUGUGUGCAUGUGUAUGUAUGUGUGUGUGUUUUUCUGUAUUUCUUUGUGUAUAAUGUGUUCAUUCCUCUCAGCUAUAGGCAUGGACUCGUCCCUCUACUUGUGCUCUACCUGCUGCCAGAUAUUCAACUCUCUGGAGGUGGUGAUCUCUCAUCAGCUCACCUGCCAACCUGUCAACACAGAGGAGACAGUCCAUACAGCGCCACCUACUCCACAGGCUGAGGUACUGCACCCAUAGGCGAUGUCGCUAGAUGGCCAUGUUUGAAAGGACCAAAACGGCAAUAUUGACAGACUUUCUGGUCAGGAUAAUGAACAUGAGCUAUUUGUUCUUUAUGUAGGAUUAGGAGUAAGGAUAAGUUAGGGUUAAAGUAAUGGAAAGUGGUUAAAAUUGUUUUUUUCGGUUAGAAAGUCUUAUAACUUCGUCCUUUCUAUCAUGGCCAGAUAGUGAUGACCUAAGAAAUCUUUACAAGGAAAAGGCUUUGGUAUCAACCACCUCUGAACCUCCAGACAGUCUUUGUGGGCUGCAGGGUGUCUGCCUCUAUUCAUCAUAGCCUCCUUUCAUCAGAUUGUAGACCUCUGAUGCGUCCCAAAUGGGAGACUAUUCCCUUUAUUGGGCACUAUUUCUGGCCCUCUGGGCCCUAGGGUGCCAUUUGAGACAUGUCUAGUCAGUGACAUAAAUCGAUCACGUAAGUGUCAGGGAGAGAGAAACGUGAAAGGUAGACCCGGCGGCCCUUGAGGACUGUGGUGCGUGACACUCCCUGAGCUAAUGCGUUAUGUUGCUAUGAAAACUAGUCCUUAGCUACCGAUUAUCCCUAGCAACAAACUAAUCAGCUAGCAACAGGUUUGCACUCAUGACAAGCGUUCAAAUGCCACCUUAGUAUCAAAAAACAUAAGUGAUCACAAAAAUAACUAUUGUUUUUGUAUAACACUGUUUCCUUUUUUCUGUGUUUCGACUUAUUUCUCUGUGUGCUGAUGUCCUAGAGCUCCGGAGUGGCACUUCAGUCUCAGAAUGGACCAUCCCAGCACCAAGAGAGAAACCAAAAGAGAACCUUCAUUACGAACCCAAACCUGCCCUACCUGCAUUCCCUGGAGAAGAGAGCGACUGGGAGUCCGACCGGUUGCAACGGCCCCCAAAACCAGACCCAAACUCAAAACCUGACUAGCCCGGCCCUGCUCAUCCACUACCAGUGUAGGGAAUGUGAGGUGUUGUUUGAGUCCCUGGGGCUGUGGCAGAAGCACAGCAAGCUGGGUAACUGUUCUGCAACCACUGGGUCAGAACCAAGGGACCAGGAAAUGGAUACAGAGUGUUGGCCUGUGAUAGGAGAUGAAAAGGGGGUAGAGGGACAGAGUGAUGGAGGGAUAGGUGUGAAAAUAGUGGAGGAUGAUGACAAAGAGAGGGAGAAAGAGGUAGACUAUGGAGGAGGGAUGGAACAAGAAUAUAGCAUUGAGAAUGAAUUGGAAUCAGAAACAUACUCCAAUUCCCAGAAUUCCUUCCCCAACACUCCCAUGUUUACAAACCCUGCUGCCUGUAGUUCCAAUCCAACUGCUUCCUCCUCGAGCCAGACCUCCUUCUGUGCGGCCUGUGGCUCGGGCUUCAGCACUGAGUCGGCGCUGAAGCUGCACCGCAUGGCCAUCCACGGCUUGGCGGGGGCGCUACAUCACUGUGACGUGUGUGGAGAGAGCUUUAUGAACACUACCAAGUACCUCUACCACCGCAGGCAGCAUCGAGACAGAGGGGAAGGGGACUCGGAGGGCUCCACACCCCAGGUGGACCACAUUAUACCUAAGCCUCUGUUCCAGUGGAAAAGCAACAGUGGUAGGUACUAGGUAGGCUUACUAAAGGAGCAUGGAAGACUGGGCUGUGUUCAGUAGAGUACAAUGUAGCAAAACAUUUUGAAACGGAAAAUGCUCAUCUGUGUUUUCAUUGGAUAAUAUCCAGGGGCACCUCUUCCGUUUUAAAACGUUUUCUCACAUUUUGUGUCCACUUUAGUGCCUACUUAUUUAUGUGGAUGAGUUCAUUAUUGACUUCCGUAAUUCUUUCAGCUGUGGUGAGUGGCGAAGAAGAGACCCCAACCCAUCCACCCCUCACUACCACCACCCUCCCUGACCCUUCCACCUCCCUACCAGCCCUGGAAACGACACCCGGCGACCCCUCCGUCCCCUUCGGACCGUGCCCCCAUUGCGGGCGUUUCUUCAAGAGCCGCAGCCGCUUGCGAACACACAUCCAGGCCCACUCAGGCCUCAAGCCGUUUAAGUGUGACCUCUGCCCCAAGACGUUCGCCUACAACAGAUGUGUGACGCGCCACCGUAUCACCCACAGCGCCCACAAGCCGUAUACCUGCCUGCGCUGCGGCAAGAGCUACACACUGUUGGGCACGCUGAAGACCCACCACCUACUCCACGAACGCCAGGACGCCUUGAACCAAGAUGGCGUUGUGGUGAAGGAGCAGACGGUCAAGGAGGAGGGGAUGGAGAAGGGGCGUGGUGUGGUCAAUGAUGCAGAGUCAAAGAAAUCAAAGUACCCAAAGUGUUUUCGAUACAAAUGCCCUGAUUGUCCACGCUGCUUCCGAAUGUCCUCUCAGGUGCCGGUUCACAGGUAUGUCUGGCCAUCAAUUCAAUUGAGUUUGGCCUGAAUUCAAUUUAGUUCAAUUCAAUUCAACUUUAUUUAUCGCCUUAGGGGCAAUUAUGCCUCUCUCUAUGCCUGCUUUGAUGUGGCCUCUUAGUUGAGGUGUUUAACAAAACACUGGUAAUUACAUUGUAACACAGCAAAAUACUAAGCUGAUUACCGAUUGCUCUUCAUUCAGACCAGUAUAAGACUUUGGGGCAAUUAAGAAGGUGUUAUCAUGGGGAGCACAAGAGCAUAAUUACAUACAUGCUGCUCAGUGCUCAUACAAUACAAUUGAACAUAUGAAGGCAAGGCCUGCGUUCAUACAUACAGAAUCAUCAGACUGUACAGUUGUGCACAGAGAUACAUAGAAGUGUAUACAAAUAAAAUGUUAUUUGUCACAUGCGCCGAAUACAUUAGGUGUAGACUUUACCGUGAAAUGCUUACUUACGAGCCCUUUCCCAACGAUGCAGAGUUAAAAAGUAAGGAAAAGUACCUAAUAAAUGUUUUUAAAUAGUAACAAUAAAAGAACAAUGACUACAUAUGAGUCAAUGCAGGGGUACGAGGUAGUGAGGUAAUAUGUAGGUAGGGGUAAAAGUGACUAGGCAAUCAGGAUAGAUAAUAAACAAGAGUAGCAGCAGUAUAUGUGAAGAGUGUGAGCGUGUGUGUGUGUGUGUGUGUGUGUUGGAGUGUCAGUGUAGUAUCUGUGAGUGUGCCGGUAGAGUCCAGUGAGUGCAUAGCCAACGCAAGAGAGUCAGUGCAACAAAAAGAAAGGGUGUCAAUGCAAAUAGUCUGGGUAGCCGUUUGAUUAACUAACUGUUCAGCAGUCUUAUGGCUUGGGGGUAGAAGCUGUUCAGAAGCCUUUUGGUCCCAGACUUGGCGUUCCGGUACCGCUUGCUUGAGAGAACAGUCUAUGAUUUGGGUGGCUGGAGUCUGACAAUUUGAAAUGGGAAAGUGUUCAGUCAAUGAUGGAAUUAUAAUCGUAAUAUUCAUAUUAUUACUAGACGAAUGCUUCAAUAGUUAAUCAACAUUAGUUCCCGACCAUGAUGGACAUAACAAAUUCCAGUAUAAUAACACAAGUAAAAGGAAUCGAUUUAUGAAUCGCUUGCGGUCAAUCAUAUUUCGGUAUACUCCAAUGCAAUUUUGUUUUAUUCUUGCCCGCGGAUAUGAAUUGACAGUGUAAUCACAUUGAGAGAUCUGUCUGGUGGACCUACCAUUACGUGGCUACAUAGGACUGCCACACACACACAGACCUGUCAUUACGUGCUAGCCCAUUAGUAACAUGGCUGAAGGCCGGGGUUCUCUCUUGCUCUUUACCAUCCAUCAUAGACACCAGUAUUCAUUAUGGCACACCGUAGCAAAAUAUUUUUCUACGGAAAACGAAAACAGUUCUUAGUUCUUAUUAUACUAGUCCAUGUAGUCCCUCCCUGUUUCAGGCCUGUUUUCUUCAAUUUGGUGCCUAAUGAACACAACCCAGCACAGUGCCAACCAACCUGCUCUCACUCAUGAGUUACUGUGUGGCGGGGUGGAAGUAAUGACACUGCACCACAACUCAUUAACUUUCAUUCAGAAGAUUUUUGAUCGAAUUAGACUGCCUCAUCAUCCACUAGGACAUUUUAACACAGACAGACAACACAGACAGACAACACAGACAGACAACACAGACAGACAACAACACAGCUUUUAUUAUAUGCGAGAGGGACUGUGAUAAACACUGGGUCAGAAGUUUUAUACGUGUCAUGUCUAUUGCAGAAGGGUUGUGUUGAUCAAUAGAGUCAUGACCUGAGGCGCGAAGCUUUAAACAAUCUACAGUAUAUUAGCACAGCUCUGUUUGAAUACACAUGUAUAAGGAUGUCCUAUGUUGAUUUUGUAUGAGGUUGUAUAGAUGUUGUCUUAUUGUGAAUUUCAUAUAGGACCAUGAUUAAGGCCAGGAGUCUUUCCUGGUCUGGUCACGUGGUAAGGAAAGACUCCUGGCCUUAUAUGGUGAACGUUGAAUUAGAAAUAAGUGCUUUUCACUUGAAAUUGUAUUUCCAUAUUUUCAGAAAACAUAUCUAAUUGUCUCUCUUUUCCCUUGAAAUGGCCGUCAGAUACUCUCAUACGGGGAAGUAUCCGUUCACCUGCUCCAUCUGUGGUGAACACUUCUUCCACAAGAGCAGGCUGAAGCUUCAUGGUCUCACACACGACGGUCAGAGUAAUAUUAAUAGGGUGUGCAUGCAUUUGUGUGUGGAUUUCUUUACCAGUCUGUGCUCUCAAAUCUUUCUUUAAUCGUUUAUCUGCAUGGUUUUGAUAGCCCUGCAUGAUGUCAUUCUGUGUGUUUCUGAGUGUGUGUUUGACCGUGUGGGUGGCUCUUCAAGCACCUACUUGCCUGUAUUACUACACUUGGCCGUCUGCCUGUUGCUUUGCAUAUGCACCCGUAUCUACGCCAGUCUCUGUGCCAUAUGCGCAUCCCUACAUCAAGUCUGCCCUCGGCUAAGCGAUUGAUCGCACCCGCGCUCUGCGGUUGAUUGCGCCAGCAUAAUAUCAAUACAUUUCAUUUAAUAAAGUCAGCGAGCGUUCAUAUCCAUAUGAACCGCUAACUAAAUGUAUAAGAGAAAAGACUAGGCAGAGAGACAAAUCCCCCACUAUCCACAAUGCCGUACAACAACCGCCAACCCUGCCACCCCUGUCACAACACAUUAUCUAUUUUAAUACGCUGUGUGUUUCACAGGCCAUUACCUGCUGAUUUAUGUUGUUAGUUUUGUUAUCAUUAUUAAAUCACGCUGGCUUGGGCCCAGUAAGCCAGGUCAUCAAGGGCAGUGUUGCAACACAACUUACAAGGCCUCGCGCAGUCACCUCGGUCUUGUGAAUACUCCCCCUUUCACUUUGACUAAUGAGUUUCCCCCGCCACUUUAUUUACCCCACCACCACAUUAUUUACCCCUUAAUAAUGUUAGUGUAUCUGUUGGAAGUUGUUGCCUACAAUGAUGGAAGAUGUUUUACUUUGACCUAUUUCAAUUAAAAGUAUUUUCGUAAUAUCUUGUUGUAUUAGGGUCUAGCCUGUUUACUCUUUUGAUUUAAUUAGGACUUUGGUAAUUGUCCUUGUUAUUGUGUGGUUCUUUUGAUAUUCUCACUGAUAUUCUCAACCAUGUACAGUUCUACGUUUCUAAACUGUUUUCUAACCCUCUGCUUUUCUGCAUAUGCUCACUUAACAUGGGUGCUUCUGUGCCAUGUAAUCGCACUGACUUCCUUCUCUGUACAGGAAUGGUGGACAUAGGCCUGGUUGUUAAGGGAACGGGCCUGGGUAGAGGCCAGGGUAGAGGCCGUGGCCAAGGCGGAAGGCGGGACAGGACCACAAGGCUUCUGGACUGUGAGUUCUGCCACCACCGCUGUGUCACCAAGGAAGGCCUGGACCUCCACAGACUGUCCCACGCCGGACAGACCCCCCUGCGCUGCCCCAUGACCCCCUGCAGACGGCGCUAUGCAACGGCGGCCUCCCUGGAGGAGCACCUCCUCACCCACUGCCCGGCGCCCGGGGACACGGUGGCCGCCGCCGACCUCCCCAAGCCCCGUCCCUUCCACUGCCAACACUGUGGGAAGGACUUCACCACCGGCUCAUCGCUCAGCGUCCACCUUAGAGUCCACACGGGGGAGAAGCCCUUUCAGGUCAGAGGUGAAAGACGUCAAUGCAGGUCUAGGGUUGCAAAAUUUCAAAACUUUCCCCAAAUUCGCUGCUUUUUCAGAAAUCCCGGUUGAAGAUGUCCAAGUUGGAGGGUUCCCUCGCAGCUCAUUCCCUGCUGAUUCCAGAAAUCCUCCAACUGUGAUUUCUGAAAAAGUUUUUGCAGCCCUACAUAGACCGAAGGUUGUAUUAGGGCAACCCUGUGUUAGUUGUUACGCCAACUUGUUUUAAAUGUCAACCGAAAUGCCAGUUCUAGACAACCAAAUUGUCCAGCUUUAGUCCCCUUCAACAAGUUGUUGUAUAGAGGGUUUUCAAUUGUCACAAAUCACCUAGCAACCAAACCAGGCGCCAUGUUGGAAGACCAGAGUCAGUCUGGUGGAAGUAAAAGAUUAUGGAUUUACUCACAAGAUACAGUGCAUUCGAAAAGUAUUCAGACCCCUUGACUUUUUCCACAUUUUGUUACGUUACAGCCUUAUUCUAAAAUCGAUUAAAUAAAUACAAAUCCUCAGCAAUCUACACACUAUCCCAUAAUGACAAAGCAAAAACAGGGUGUUAUUUACGUUAUUUACAUAAGUAUUCAGACCCUUUGCUAUGAGACUCAAUUGUGCUCAGGUGCAUCCUGUUUCCAUUGAUCAUCCUUGAGAUGUUUCUACAACUUGAUUGGUGUCCACCAUUCAAUUGAUUGGACAUUAUUUGGAAAGGCACACACCUGUCUAUAUAAGGUCCCACAGUUGACAGUGCAUGUCAGAGCCCAAGCCAUGAGGUCGAAGGAAUUGUCUGUAGAGCUCCGAGACAGGAUUGUGUCGAGGCACAGAUCUGAGGAAGGGUACCAAAAAAUUUCUGCAGCAUUGAAGGUCCCCAAGAACACAGUGGCCUCCAUCAUUCUUAAAUGGAAGAAGUUUGGAACCACCAAGACUCUUCCUAGAGCUGGCCGCCCGGCCAAACUGAGCAAUCGGGGGAGAAGGGCCUUGGUCAGGGAGGUGACCAAGAACCCGUUAGUCCCUCUGACAGAGCUCCAGAGUUCCUCUGUGGAGAUGGGAGAACCUUCCAGAACGACAACCUUCUCUGCAGCACUCCACUAAUCAGGUCUUUAUGGUACAUUGGCCAGACGGAAACCACUCCUCAGUAAAAGGCACAUGACACAUGACAGCCCGCUUGGAGUUUGCCAAAAGGCAACUAAAGGACUCUCAGACCAUGAGAAACCAUGAGUAGCGUUAUACCCUAGAAGACUCAAGGCUGUAAUUGCUGCCAAAGGUGCUUCAACAAAGUACUGAGUAAAGGGUUGAAUACUUAUGUAAAUGUGAUAUUUCCGUUUUUUAUUUUGAAUAAGUGUGUAAAAAAUUCUAAAAGACUGUUUUUGCUUUGUCGUAAUGGGGUAUUGUGUGUAGAUUGGUGAGGGGAAAAAAACAAUUUCAUCCAUUUUAGAAUAAGGCUGUAACAAAAUGUGGAAAAAGUUAAGGGGUCUGAAUACAUUCCGAAUGCACUGUACAUGUCUCACUGCCCUAACAAUGGGAGUUGUUGUCCACAAAGUGGCAUGGUGGGCUGUCAAGCUCGCACCUAUCCUUAAUUUCUGGAUUGGUGGAUACAUCAAAUUAUUCUGAAUAUUUGAUCCGCCUGUAUUCAAUGGAGAGCGAUACUAUGCUACUAGCCUCAUGCCAUGAAUAUGCAUAGCUAUCUCAAGACAACUCUGAUAUAAAGUGUUUUUACUCAAAGUUGCCAGGAUGUCGCGUCUCCAACUUAUAUCAGUACACUUGUAACAACCUAAGCAUUACUAAACUUCUAUUAGAUUACAUAAACCUUACGUUGCAAAUAAGCCAUACAAAAUGUUGUUGACCAAAUUCGACACUCAUUGACCUCAAUACAAAAACUCCUUGCUUGGUGGGUGAAACAAUGGGAAAAAAGCCACCUGCUGGAGGGAGACAGAUUUUCCGCCAAGUUUGGCCUCUCUCUACCUCUUCCUCUCUGUGGAAGUCCUCCAAUCGUCCACGUGGCUGGCUGCGUUUUGCUAUCACCGGAAAUAUCGGGAAAAUGUGCCAUUAUUUCGUUUUUUUGUAAGGACCCAGAAAACGGAGUCAGUGGGAGAACCUAUUCAAGUAAGUGAAUAUAUAUAUAUAUAUAUAUAUAUUUUACUAUGUAAUAUUAGCUAGCUAGCUUGCUACAGGAACUAGUGUGCAGGCUAACUCAAAUGAGCUGCUAACGUAGCUAGCUAUACAGUAUGUUAAGUUAACUAGCUAAGUGAAUAAAAUAUUACCAGCUAGCUAACUUCAUAUUAGAUAGUUAGCUACCAUGAUGUAUUUAUCAUUGUAAAUUUAAACAAACUCCAUGCAUUCAUAGCUUGGUAGCUAGCUAACAGUCAUGGAAGAGGGUGAAAGGAUUAAUGUUAGCAGCGCCAGCUGUCAGAUAAGGGAGAGAGUAGGCUACUUUGGAUAGGGCAGGUACCAACAUAUUAUUCAGUGCUGUCUAAUUUGAGUAUAAUGAAGCCUGUUUCUUUAUGUCAAUAAUCCUCAGAUACAGAGAGCUGUGGAACCCUGUCUGCAGAUGAAGAGGUCUCAAUGAAUGUCCCGAGAGAAUAAGGGUACAUUCUUGUAUACCAUGGGUUAUAUGUGUACCUAAUGUUAGCAAAUUUAAACAAAAAUUGUUUGUAAGUCACAAUGUAUUUUAUUUUAAUUUUUUAUUUUACCUUUAUUUAACUAGGCAAGUCAGUUAAGAACAAAUUCUUAUUUACAAUGACGGCCUACACCGGCCAAACCCGGACGUAUAAACCUAUUACAACUGGAGCAGGUCAACCCUGCUGGGUGUGCAGGCUUCUGUUCCAGCCCAGCACUAACACACGUGAAUUAAAUGUAUCAAACCUAAUUAGUUGAUCAUUAAAGUGUACUAUUGCUGGGCUGGAAUAGAUGUAUCUAUUAUAGUAGAAACUGAUGCUGCUGCAGCAUUGCUCAUCUUCUCCAGUGGGAAUCCAGUCGACAUGGGUGUCUUGAUAGAGGACAGCUGGUGAACCUACAGUACAGUACAUAAACAAAUGAAAAGCACACCUGAUGUUAGAAUAUCACUUAUUCAGGUCACCUAUACCAUCAGGGCUCUUGAUUGUUUGGUUGUGUUUAAUUCAUUCAGGUGUUUUAGUGUCAUAUACAGAUGAAAUAGAUUGUUGGGCUGGAACAACCAAUGGUCAACACAGCAGGUUGCCCUAUCCCAUUGAGGCCUUUGUCCUAUGCUGUAAUGUCCAUGCAUUUUCCAUCUUAUGAAUAAAGUUCUCAACAAAUUUUAAUUGGGUCAGUGCCACUGGAGUUUUUUGGGACAAUAAUGGUGCUUUCAAGACAACUGGGGGGACUAGGUCAAAUCAUGACGUCAGUGAUCUUCUGGUCGGAAAGUCAGAGCUCUAGAAAGAUGCCUGAGUUUCCGACUUGGCAUGGAGUUGGAUGACCGUUAAAAACAUUGUCUUGAGCGCUCGGAAGUCGGACAUUUUGUACAAUUUGUGUCUCCCCUUUGCCGGUCUAGAUUAAAUGGUUGCAUUCAAUAGAAGGUCGUUUUUAUUUAUCUGUUUGUCAGUGUCAGCAAAGGAGGCCUAGGCUACCCCAUGAUUUGUUGUAUUAAAAAAGAUUGCUAAUGUCUCCAGUCAUAUAAAGUGUAGUAGAAUUGCAUGAAAUGUGUUUAUCAAAAGAAAAAAGUAUUUAGUCAGCCACCAAUUGUGCAAGUUCUCCCACUUAAAAAUAUGAGAGAGGCCUGUAAUUUUCAUCAUAGGUACACGUCCACUAUGACAGACAAAAUGAAGAAGAAAAAUUUUUCCAGAAAAUCACAUUGUAGGAUUUUUAAUGAAUUUAUUUGCAAAUUAUGGUGGAAAAUAAGUAUUUGGUCAAUAACAAAAGUUUCUCAAUACUUUGUUAUAUACCCUUUGUUGGCAAUGACACAGGUCAAACGUUUUCUGUAAGUCUUCACAAGGUUUUCACACACUGUUGCUGGUAUUUUGGCCCAUUCCUCCAUGCAGAUCUCCUCUAGAGCAGUGAUGUUUUGGGGCUGUCGCUGGGCAACACAGACUUUCAACUGCCUCCAAAUAUUUUCUAUGGGGUUGAGAUCUGGAGACUGGCUAGGCCACUCCAGGAUCUUGAAAUGCUUCUUACGAAGCCACUCCUUCGUUGCACGGGCGGUGUGUUUGGGAUCAUUGUCAUGCUGAAAGACCCAGCCACGUUUCAUCUUCAAUGCCCUUGCUGAUGGAAGGAGGUUUUCACUCAAAAUCUCACGAUACAUGGCCCCAUUCAUUCUUUCCUUUACACGGAUCAGUCGUCCUGGUCCCAUUGCAGAAAAACAGCCCCAAAGCAUGAUGUUUCCACCCCCAUGCUUCACAGUAGGUAUGGUGUUCUUUGGAUGCAACUCAGCAUUCUUUGUCCUCCAAACACGUCGAGUUGAGUUUUUACCAAAAAGUCCUAUUUUGGUUUCAUCUGACCAUAUGACAUUCUCCCAAUCCUCUUCUGGAUCAUCCAAAUGCACACUAGCAAACUUCAGAUGGGCCUGGACAUGUACUGGCUUAAGCAGGGGGACACGUCUGGCACUGCAGGAUUUGAGUCCCUGGCGGCGUAGUGUGUUACUGAUGGUAGGCUUUGUUACUUUGGUCCCAGCUCUCUGCAGGUCAUUCACUAGGUCCCCCCGUGUGGUUCUGGGAUUUUUGCUCACCGUUCUUGUGAUCAUUUUGACCCCACGGGGUGAGAUCUUGCGUGGAGCCCCAGAUCGAGGGAGAUUAUCAGUGGUCUUGUAUGUCUUCCAUUUCCUAAUAAUUGCUCCCACUGUUGAUUUCUUCAAACCAAGCUGCUUACCUAUUGCAGAUUCAGUCUUCCCAGCCUGGUGCAGGUCUACAAUUUUGUUUCUGGUGUCCUUUGACAGCUCUUUGGUCUUGGCCAUAGUGGAGUUUGGAGUGUGACUGUUUGAGGUUGUGGACAGGUGUCUUUUAUACUGAUAACAAGUUCAAACAGGUGCCAUUAAUACAGGUAACGAGUGGAGGACAGAGGAGCCUCUUAAAGAAGAAGUUACAGGUCUGUGAGAGCCAGAAAUCUUGCUUGUUUGUAGGUGACCAAAUACUUAUUUUCCACCAUAAUUUGCAAAUAAAUUCAUUAAAAAUCCUACAAUGUGAUUUUCUGGAGAAAAAAAUUCUCAAUUUGUCUGUCAUUGUUGACGUGUACCUAUGAUGAGUUUACAGGCCUCUCUCAUCUUUUUAAGUGGGAGAACUUGCACAAUUGGUGGCUGACUAAAUACUUUUUCCCCCCACUGUAUGCACAGUGAUUAUAUUUAGUUAUAUUAAGAGCCUAAUAAACUGACUAUCCAAUCUACUCAUCACAUUAGGAAUAGUAGGCUUCCAUUAAUCUGCAAAUGAGAUGAUCGAUGCAUGCAAUGCUUUAUUAUAAAGGUGCAUUUUUAUAGUGAAAAAUAGCUCCCCCAAAACUUGAAACUCACGCACUGCCUGUAAGAGAGAGACAUGCUAAUAGCUAGACUACAAGCUAUUUAGCUAGCUAACUAAUGUUAGCUAACUAAUGUUGGCUAACUUAGAAUUGUUGUCAACACCUGGUUAGCAUAACAGCUAAACUAAACUCAAAAUUGAUCAGACUUACCAGUGAUGACAUGAUCGGAGCAGACCCUGUACUGACAGCUGUCUGGGUUCAGGUCUUGACAGGGGAAAAAGGUUUCUUCGCUUUUCUGACAGUUCUUGAGUCAUAUCUCCUUUGGUGUUUCAUGAUUGUGAGUAAUCUAUAUAUACAGUGGGGAGAACAAGUUUUUGAUACACUGCCGAUUUUGCAGGUUUUCCUACUUACAAAGCAUGUAGAGGUCUGUCAUUUUUAUCAUAGGUACACUUCAACUGUGAGAGACGGAAUCUAAAACAAAAAUCCAGAAAAUCACAUUGUAUGAUUUUUAAGUAAUUAAUUUGCAUUUUAUUGCACAACAUAAGUAUUUGAUCACCUACCAACCAGUAAGAAUUCCGGCUCUCACAGACCUGUUAGUUUUUCUUUAAGAAGCCCUCCUGUUCUCCACUCAUUACCUGUAUUAACUGCACCUGUUUGAACUCGUUACCUGUAUAAAAGACACCUGUCCACACACUCAAUCAAACAGACUCCAACCUCUCCACAAUGGCCAAGACCAGAGAGCUGUGUAAGGACAUCAGGGAUAAAAUUGUAGACCUGCACAAGGCUGGGAUGGGCUACAGGACAAUAGGCAAGCAGCUUGGUGAGAAGGCAACAACUGUUGGCGCAAUUAUUCGAAAAUGGAAGAAGUUCAAGAUGACGGUCAAUCACCCUCGGUCUGGGGCUCCAUGCAAGAUCUCACCUCGUGGGGCAUCAAUGAUCAUGAGGAAGGUGAGGGAUCAACCCAGAACUACAUGGCAGGACCUGGUCAAUGACCUGAAGAGAGCUGGGACCACAGUCUCAAAGAAAACCAUUAGUAACACACUACGCCGUCAUGGAUUAAAAUCCUGCAGCGCACGCAAGGUCCCCCUGCUCAAGCCAACGCAUGUCCAGGCCCGUCUGAAGUUUGCCAAUGACCAUCUGGAUGAUCCAGAGGAGGAAUGGGAGAAGGUCAUGUGGUCUGAUGAGACAAAAAUAGAGCUUUUUGGUCUAAACUCCACUCGCCGUGUUUGGAGGAAGAAGAAGGAUGAGUACAACCCCAAGAACACCAUCCCAACCGUGAAGCAUGGAGGUGGAAACAUAAUUCUUUGGGGAUUCUUUUCUGCAAAGGGGACAGGACGACUGCACCGUAUUGAGGGGAGGAUGGAUGGGGCCAUGUAUCGCGAGAUCUUGGCCAACAACCUCCUUCCCUCAGUAAGAGCAUUGAAGAUGGGUCGUGGCUUGUUCUUCCAGCAUGACAACGACCUGAAACACACAGCCAGGGCAACUAAGGAGUGGCUCCGUAAGAAGCAUCUCAAGGUCCUGGAGUGGCCUAGCCAGUCUCCAGACUGGAACCCAAUAGAAAAUCUUUGGAGGGAGGUGAAAGUCCGUAUUGCCCAGCGACAGCCCCGAAACCUGAAGGAUCUGGAGAAGGUCUGUAUGGAGGAGUGGGCCAAAAUCCCUACUGCAGUGUGUGCAAACCUGGUCAAGACCUACAGGAAACGUAUGAUCUCUGUAAUUGCAAACAAAGGUUUCUGUACCAAAUAUUAAGUUCUGCUUUUCUGAUGUAUCAAAUACUUAUGUCAAGCAAUAAAAUGAAAAUGAAUUACUUAAAAAUCAUACAAUGUGAUUUUCUGGAUUUUUGUUUUAGAUUCCGUCUCUCACAGUUGAAGUGUACCUAUGAUAAAAAUUACAGACCUCUACAUGCUUUGUAAGUAGGAAAACCUGCAAAAUCGGUAGUGUAUCAAAUACUUGUUCUCCCCACUGUAUGUAUAUAUAUAUAUAUAUAUAUAUAUAUAUAUAUAUAUAUAUAUAUAUAUAUAUAUAUAUAUAUAUAUAUAUAUAUAUAUAAUCCCGUUGUCUUUCCUGCCUAAGAGCAGCCAAUUACUGCACAGAAAUUCACUGUGGUGAUGAAUCAACUAGUUUUAGGCACUGUUAUCAUGAAGUUUGGGGUAGCCACUCAGCUGUUGUCGUUGGAAGAAUUGAUACGGUGGUCUUCCAACGUGGCCGCUAGGAGGCGUUGUACGUCACCUAACAACCGCCUGUCGGUAACACUCCAGGCUCAGGGUGUCGAGUAUAAAGCUCUUAGCAGCUCAUUAGACCCCCGUAAAUCUUUGAACACUCUGGGCCAGUAUCUAAAGGCCAUUUUAAGGUAGCUAAAGCCUUGUAUUUUCACUUAAAAGCUGUUUCCCUCUACCUGAUAAUAUUUGUGGGUGCUCACAUUAGCAAUAACUGUCUAUCUGUAUCUUUCCCUCACUCCUACUCCAACCUUGUCUCCCUCUUCCUGCCCCUCCCUCUUCCUGUCCCUCCCUCCUCAUUUUCCUCUCCGCAGUGCUCCCAAUGUUGGAAGCGCUUCCGACAGAUCCCUCACCUGCGCGACCACGAGCGUCUGCACAGCGGCGAGCGUCCCUUCAUCUGCGGUGUCUGUGGCAAGAGCUUCGUCCUGGCCGCCCGCCUCACCGAGCACGCCCGCACCCACAGCGGCGAGAAACCAUUCUCCUGCCCAGUGUGCCACCGGGCCUUCCGCUCCCUCUCCAACCUGGGCAAGCACCGCAAGACCCACCGCUGCUGCCCCCCGGCACAGCCACAGGAGGGCAUCACCGAGCAGAAUGCCGUCCUAGGGGUCAAAAUUCAGGGGAAUAUGGAGAGUCAGGCGGCCGUACAUACGAUCUUACUUGUUCAGCCCCAAGUAGUCUCUCAGGGAGGGUCUUCUCUUCCCCAGUCUUCUUCCGUAUCUGCGCCCCUCGUCCUCCUGCACCCCUCAGUUGCUGUGGGCAAUGGGCAGGGCGGGACGCUGGGGGGCACCAUCAUGCGGCAUGUCAUCGUGGAGCAGGCUGGUGAGCAGAGGGUGAAAAGUUGAUGUAACUUCACUGGUGAGACAUUUCACAGGAGGCCGCCAAGGACAUUUGGAUGAAAAUAAUUUCUGAGAAGAACUGUCACAAUCGAAAAAGAGGAUAAGAAGUGGGUGGAGAGCAGGGAGUGAGGGAAAUGGAGUGAAGUGGGACUUGAAUAAAUAUAAUGUGAAGGGAUGGUGUGGUUAAGUUAGGAUUACGAGGAUCAGUUCUCUAUUUAUGUACAGAUGUAUAGAAUGCCUUUGAAGUAAGUUAUUUCUAAUAGAAUGUUUUUGAGCCUGUGUUCAAUCUCAAUUUGACACAGAGUGCCUUCACAAUCUGUUGUAUUUCUUUGAAUAAAAUGCUCUCUAUUUUCAUUUAAUGUUCAUCCUUUUGCAGGGAGACAACAUGGGGGUUGGCCUUAAUCUGUCUCAAACGAUUCAAUGUGUUUUAUUGGCAAGGCGAUAACUAAAGUACUUGCUUGACAUAAUGUGUCUGUUUCUAUAUAGUUUCACUAUGUUACUAGUCAGCAAUGACCGUUCUCGCUUGUUCAGAGUGAGAAUUAUGAACAAGAUGAACUGAAGGAUCUGUGAAUUACAAAACCCACUUAUGAAAGGGUUCCCAAAGGUAGGUUAACUAGGCUUCGAUUCAGAUAGAUUGUUUGGUGUGGGAAAGCUAUUUAGUGGUAUAUUUGUGGUAACAAAUCCCUUGACAACAGUUGAUGCGGUGGGGAGGGAGGUCUAAAGAUGCCGACUGUUGGCAGCUGUCUGGGUUAGAGUCAUCCAAGUGCUAAUGGUGUCAGUCCCAGCCAGGCUUGUUUAGAAUGCCAGCAAAAUCUGACACCAGGUCAGACUGGAACUGAAAUUGAUCUGUUGUUCCUUUUUACAGGACCAUGUCUGCAAUGCGGGCAGGUAGGCAGUUAAGUCAAUGAGACACUUGUACUGUCAAAUUAAGCAUCAAGCUUUAAGUGCCUUCACAUCCUAUGGCGUGUAUGGAUCACGGGGGGUGUCGUUAAAACAGAAUGGCAGCACGUUGAACUGAUAAAGACCUUGAAAUUAAGGAUAAUUGUGUCCGUCAUUUGCUUUGUCGUAAAAACAUUCCGAUUUAGUCAGAUCAAGAAUUAAUGAGGGUAAUGUCUUAACAUUUUUACUUGUUUCAGACUAAAGUGCUGACCCAAACUAAACUGUGCUGGCUUGGAUAUUCUCUUUUCACAUUCUCCUUUUAAGCACAGUUCCAGCAACUAUGGUGGAUGCAUAACCAGACCAGCUCAGUACAGCUUGGCUUGGCCUGGCUCGGUUUGGGUCAAUAGUGUGAAAAGCCCUAAAGAUCAUUAAGAAAUAUUAAUUAUUUUUCUGUGUCUGCAUGCUCUGAAAUCCAGCUAACGUCAAGAAGAUCCAGCAAAUGUCAGCAAUUCUUGGGUACAAGCAUCGGUGCCUUGAGACAGGGCAUGGUGCACUUGCCACUUGCUCCAUGUGUCUACUACAUUAAGCAGUGAAAGCCUCUAACAACUCUUGCCACUGAUGUGAUUCCUGUGACAGACAUUGGAGAGGCAGGAGCCCAACAAGUUCAAGCUUUGUUUGUUUUCGACACUCUUGAGGUGGGAAUCUAGAGGGUGGUGAGACGGAGCAUUUAACCUCCCUUCAGUUUGUGUAAAGUCUUGUCACACGUCACGUAACCACUUUGUCCAUGUUAACGUCAAUGUUGUAACUCCCUUUUGACAUUUCGGAGCUUCACAUUCAGACGUUCAGAGUCUAUUUCUGCUCAGUCGUGAUUUCAGAAUUUAUAUUAUGACUAUUCAUCGUUACUUCAUUUUGUCUUCUUCGCAAACAAGAUAGAUCAUCUCAUCUAGGCAUUACGGUAGUGAAAUCCCAGCAAUCAAUUUUCUCUGCCAGAUCAUAUUUCUCAAUUUGAGUCAUGCAAAUAAGCCAAAUCAUGACGCUUAUGUCAGGUGUUGCCUCCCAACUGUCUGGAAUGGGGAAAAACUCCUGAGUGGCGCAGUGGUCUAAGGCACUGCAUCGCAGUGCUAACUGUGCCACUAGAGAUCCUGGUUCGAAUCCAGGCUCUGUCGCAGCCGGCCGCGACCGGGAGACUCAUGGGCGGCGCACAAUUGGCCCAGCGUCGUCCAGGGUAGGGGAGGGAAUGGCCGGCAGGGAUGUAGCUCAGUUGAUAGAGCAUGGCGUUUGCAACGCCAGGGUUGUGGGUUCGAUUCCCACGGGGGGCCAGUAUAAAAAAAACAAAAAAACAUGUAUUCACUAACUGUAAGUCGCUCUGGAUAAGAGCGUCUGCUAAAUGACUAAAAUGUAAAUGUAAAAAGGGGGAGGCUUUAACAUGUAACAGUGAUUAGGCCCCCUACUACCUAGCAGCCACAGCUGAGACCUAAAAUGGCCCCUGUGUGAUGGAUGACUAGCCCAUCCACGUAAACAACCACAGAAAUGUGUCCAGUGCUGGAAAAGGGCAAGCAUGGACUCCAUAAACCCCUAAUCCAGUCUGGCUGACACAGCUAGUGCCUUUUGUCAGUGAAUGUGUCCCUUUAGUGUUGUGUCGAAGUUGUGUGUGGAACCUGGUUUAAGAGGACAUGUCCUUCCUGUUUCACAUGUCCUUUCUGUUUCGAGAGGAUGUGUUCUUCCUAGUUUGAUGGGACAUUCUCUUCCUGUUUAUCUUUUCUCUGUAGUUUUUAGUCUAGAAUUAUGUCCUCACAUUUACAGUCGUACACAGUGUUAUUUUCUGCACAUAAUUCAAGUCCUGUGCACCAUCUUUUUGACCUAUGGUUAUCCUUGCCAAGCCCCCUCCCCACAGCAUCACUCGUACACGUGGCAUCUGGCAUCGCUGAGAACGGGCGCUACCUGCAAGGAUUUGCUGUGUGUGCACGCAUGUGUGUGAGUCAGGGCCGGAUUAAGAAAUCAUAGGCCCCGGGGCUCUGUUUUUAAAAAAAUGUAUAGCCCCCCCCCCCCCGCUCAAUCCCCCUUUCACUCCACCCUCUCUCUUAUUCACCUUGUUUCUCCCCUAAUGUGUCGCUUUCCUGCUCCCUCUCUUCCCUCCCCUCCUCUCUCUCUUGCUCACUCACUCAUUGAUAGUGACUGGCAUGCUGAGAGCCUAAUCAUUAUUCCACAGCCAAGGUAUGGCGCCGGGGCUGAAUGUCAGUUCUCUGCUUUUUUAACACCCUCCCCACCACCUGCUCUCUCACUCACCCUAUAUCGGUCUCCGGCUUUCCCCUUCAUAAUCUUCCUAGCACACCUCUCUGACUCUCUCUCUCUCUCUCUGGCUUUCCCCUCCAUAGUGUUCUCAGGUUGUGGUGAACAGUGGGACCACACAGACAGGCCCUGAAAGGAGAGGACAGGAAGAGUGAACAGGGACGAUAAAACAUCACAGUUCUUACAUUCAGAUGAAGGGACGUGGGGACCACACUGCCCUUCAGCGGGGGACACUAAUGUCAAGGUGUGCUUGUGUGUGAAUGCAUUAGCGCGUACUGGUAUGUGUGAGUGUGUCUGUGUUCAUUUUUAGUAUGUGUGAUUUGCAGGCCGUAG